AUAAAUUUUUUUAAUUGUAUCGUAGUUACAAUAAAAAUAUAUCAUAAAAACUGGAAACACAUAUAUACAAUUUUUCUUGUCAGCGGCAGAAGAACAAACACAAACAUUACGGAGGUGCACAAAAAUGGAAUACACACCACAUCAUCAAGAAUCAAGAGUCCUUAAAUUUUCCAAGCCCAAAUACUUUCUCCCGAUUUCAAGUUUUAAUCAGUCCCCAAGAUCUAACAUUGGAAUCUGCAUUUGCACAUUUGUAGGCUAAUAAUAGUAAUGUAAUAGUCCACUAUACACGAAAUAGCCACAUAUAUCGUUUCUUCACGUGUCAUUAGCAAUUAUCUUCGCUGCGCCUCUUUAACUCAAUUUUUUUCCAAUAAAAUCCAUUUGUAUGGGAAAAUAAAUACUAUGAGCGAGCACAUUUUACUUCAUAAAGCUCAGAUUUUUUGUCGCCUCUUUCAUUUUCCUCACGCACUUCUAGUUCAUUCAUAGAAAUGGACUGUCCUUUCGUGGCGCACUGCAAUUUUGGCUGUAAUUCCAGAUUUGCUUCUGUUAAUAAUUCAGCGUAUGCUCAUAAGAACAGCCCUUCUGCUUUUUUUCUUCACCAGAAGUUUCCAGCUGCUCGUAGAAAAUGUCUUGGCUUGUUUUCUGUCGGACCCUCUAAAAGGGGUUCGUUUAAAAUGACAGUGUCUGCCGUUUCCCCGGUCGAAACCAGGGAAGAUGAGGAUCUUAAGAAGGAUAAGAAAAAGAAAAGGCAGUCUAUGAAAUCGAGUGGUGGUUACAAGGUGAAGGUGAAUUUCAGGCUCGAUCACCAAGUCAAAUUCGGUGAACACGUGGCCAUUUUGGGGUCCGUGAAGGAAUUGGGUUCAUGGAAGAACAAAGUCAUGAUGACUUGGACCGAAAAUGGAUGGGUUUGUGAUUUGGAGCUAACAGGAAGCCAAGACCCAAUCGAGUUUAAAUUCGUGAUAGAUGGAAAAGACAAGGAGGGAUUAACAUGGGAAAGUGGCGAUAAUCGUGUUCUGAAAUUCCCGGGUAAAGGGAGUUUCAAUGUUGUUUGUAAAUGGAACAAUACUAGUGACGAGGUGGAAUUUUUUCCGCUGGAUGAGGAGAAAGACGAUGAAUUUGAAGUCGAGACACGAGAAAGUGAAAAUGGGAAUAUUGUGUUAGACCAAGCUGUUACCACAAGUGCAUUUGUCGAGCAAUGGCAAGGGAAAGAUGUCACGUUUGUUCGUUCAAAGGAUGGUUUUGAUGCAGAAAAGAGUAGAAAAUGGGAUACAUUGGGCCUUGAAGGGAUUUCUUUGAAGUUAGUGGAAGGCGAUCGUGAUGCUCGAAAUUGGUGGAGGAAGCUUGAAGUUGUUCGACAACUUGUGGUUGAAAACAUUGAGGACGAUAAGCGUCUGGAAGCUCUCACGUAUUCCGCAAUUUAUCUGAAGUGGAUAAACACGGGUCAGAUUCCUUGCUUUGAAGACGGAGGCCAUCAUCGGCCAAACAGGCAUGCUGAGAUUUCCAGGCUUAUAUUUCGCGAAUUAGAAAGAAUUUCCAGCGGGAAAGACACUUCACUUCAGGAAAAACUUGUCAUCCGCAAGAUUCAUCCUUGCUUACCAUCUUUCAAGGCUGAGUUUACAGCAUCUGUACCUUUAACAAGAAUUCGAGAUAUUGCUCACAGGAAUGAUAUCCCUCACGACCUUAAGCAAGAAAUUAAGCAUACAAUACAAAACAAACUUCAUAGAAAUGCUGGCCCUGAGGAUUUAGUUGCUACAGAAGCAAUGCUUGCAAGAAUUACGAAAAAUCCUGGAGAAUACAGUGAAGCUUUUGUCGAGCAGUUCAAGAUAUUUCAUGGAGAGCUGAAAGAUUUCUUCAAUGCUGGAAGUCUGGAAGAACAUCUGGAAUCUAUCAGAGAUUCUGUGGAUUCAAAUUCAACAGCCAUAUCUCUGUUUUUAGAAUCAAAGCAGAUACUGGACAACACGGACAGUAGCAGUAAUAUUUCGGAAAGUGCACUAAUAAAUAUGUUGAUGAGAACAAUGCAAGCUCUGGAUACACUUCGCCAAGAAAUAGCAAAGGGUCUCGAAAGUGGACUCCGAAAUGAUGCUCCUGAUGCUGCAAUAGCUAUGCGCCAAAAGUGGAGGCUUAGUGAGGUUGGACUUGAAGACUAUGCAUUUGUUCUCUUAAGCAGGUUUCUUAAUGCACUUGAAGCUGUUGGAGGAGCCCACUGGCUAGCUAAGAAUGCAGAACAAAAGAAUGUUAACUCUUGGGGUGAUGCACUUAGCGCUCUAAUCAUUGGCAUUCAUCAGUUGGGCCUAUCGGGCUGGAAGCCCGAAGAGUGCAGAGUGAUCCGUAAAGAACUCAUGGCAUGGCAAGAUAGAGGUCUUCAAGAAACCGAAGGUAGUGAAGAUGGUACGAGAAUAUGGGGAUUAAGGCUUAAAGCUACACUUGAUAGAGCCAAGAGACUGACUGAAGAAUAUUCUGAGGCACUUCUUCAUAUAUUCCCUCAAAAAGUUGAGACAUUAGGAAAAGCUUUUGGGAUUCCUGAAAAUGCUGUGAGGACGUACACUGAAGCUGAGAUUCGUGCGAGUGUGAUCUUUCAGGUUUCAAAACUUUGCACCCUUCUCUUGAAGGCUGUUAGGAAUGUCGUAGGAUCUGACGGUUGGGAUAUACUUGUGCCGGGAGAUGCUUUUGGAACCCUCGUCCAGGUGGAGAAUAUUAUUCCUGGUUCGUUACCAUCCUCUGUAACAGGGCCAGUUAUUCUAGUCGUGAGCAAAGCUGAUGGAGAUGAGGAGGUAGCUGCUUCUGGAGCCAACAUUGUUGGAGUUGUACUCUUGCAGGAGCUACCUCAUUUGUCUCAUCUCGGUGAGAAGGUUGUAUUUGUUACUUGUGAAGAUGACGACAAGAUCUCGGAUAUGAAAACACUGAGUGGAAAAUUCGUUAGAUUGCAAGCAUCGACGACAGGUGUCAGCUUAACUCCAUCUUCAACUGAGAGCAACAAUCGCAACAUUUCACCGGAAAAUCAAACAACUGCAAAUUCAGCCAACUCGGAACGAAACAUCCCAGCUUCAAUCGUUAUCAAAACCUCUGAACUUGGCAAGAUCGUAUCAAGCAAUGGCGUCAUAUUGCUUGAGAAUGCCGACCUACAAACCUCGGGUGCAAAAGCCACAGCCUGUGCUCGUCUGGCUUCUUUGUCUAUCGAGUCCAAGAAAGCAUACAACGAACAAGGAGUCCCGGCCUCAUUCAAAGUCCCUACCGGCAUUGUCCUCCCGUUCGGCUCCAUGGAAGCCGCCCUCCACCUCAGCGGCUCCACCGAAACCCACGCCUCCCUAAUCCGACUCAUCGAAACCGCCGAAGCCGACCAACUCGACUCCCUAUGCACUGAGCUCCAACGCCUCGUCUCCUCCCUCACCCCACCCGAACAAACCCUCCUCGCCCUCUCCCAAACAUUCCCCAACAAAACCGCCAUCGUCCGGUCGAGCGCCAACGUGGAGGAUCUCGCCGGCAUGUCGGCCGCGGGCCUCUACGACUCCGUCCCCAACGUGGGCCCGGACCCGGCCGAGCUCGGGCGGGCCGUGGGCCGAGUGUGGGCCUCUCUGUACACGCGGCGGGCGGUGAUGAGCCGGAAGUUUGGAGGGCCGCAGGAUGUGGAGGGGUGUUUGGUUGGGGGGGAGGUGUUUGUUGUUCAGACAAGGCCGCAGCCUAUUUAG